ACGUGGAGAUGGUGCCGCUGUUUCGGUGGAGGAAUUUCAGGAGUUGCGUACACAAAUGAAUGAUUUGGUGCAGCAGCUCCAAACUCUCCAAUUGAACAUACCACGUCGAGAACCGCCACCAAAUGAGGAUGAUGAUAUUGACGAGGAGGAUGAGCCACCGCGUCGUCCCGCUGGUCGUGGACGUGGCGGGCGUGGUCAUGGUCUUCUUAAUUUUGGUCGUGCUCGGCGCAUUCCUGUUCGAGGUGGACGAGAUUAUGAUGGUGAUGAUGAUAUGUUGUCUGACAUGGAUGAUCAUCGCCAUGGUGGCCAUCGUGGUUAUCGUGACCGCCACCGUCGCCUUGAUGAUGAUGGUUUAAGCAAAGUGAAAGUGUCUAUUCCAAAAUUUAAUGGAAAAGAAAGUGCUGAUGAUUAUUUUGAGUGGGAGACUAAGGUUGAACAGAUCUUUGAUUUGUAUCCUUAUCCUCCUGUCAAGAAAGCAAAGCUUGCUGCAAUUGAGUUUUCAGGCUAUGCAAUCACUUGGUGGAAUCAAGUGUGUACUGAACUCCGACGCGCUGGACAUGAUCGUAUUACUUGGGAGGACAUGAAGAGGGAAAUGCGACGUCGUUUUGUUCCUGCAUAUUACUCUCGUGAUAUACAUUUGAAGCUAAAACGUCUUGUGCAAGGUACUCGUACUGUCGAUGAAUAUUUUCAAGAAUUGGAAAUGUGUUUACUUCGUACAGGGAUAACUGAAGAUGAGGAAUCCACAAUGGCUCGAUUUCUGGUUGGCCUCAAUAAGCCCAUUGCUGAUAAAGUGGAUAUGACAAACUACACAUGUCUCACUGAGUUGGUACAUUUUGCAAAAAGGGCAGAACGGCAACUUGCUGGAUCUUAUAAAGAUCGUGCUUCAUUUUCAGCUCAUAAUAGUGCUACUUCAUGGCGCCAGUCACAGCAGCACGGGUCAGGGGUGCACACACCUACAUCUCGUGCAACUUCUUCCAAACAUUUUGAUUCCAAAGGCAAAGCUGUAAGCUCUACUCAGUCCAGCUCCUCUGCUACUGCAGCCCCAAGGCAUACAAGCAAGAUUGAGUGUUUUAAGUGUGGUGGUCAUGGGCAUAAGCAAGCUGAAUGUCCCAAUCGUCGUACGAUUAUUGCCCUUGCUGAUGGUUCAUAUGAUUCACAAAGUGAAGAGGAGGACGAGUUUCACAAUGUCUUUGCAGAUCAUACUCUUGACACUUGUGAGUAUUCAGCUGAGGAUGGUACUUUUGAGCUAGGUCUGAAUUGUUUAGCUAUUCAACCUAUUCUAACUUUUGCUCCCAGUGACAUGAUAGAAGAUGUUAUUUCUCCAUAUUCUAAUGAGAUUACUAGUGCUGAUUUUGAUGAGUUGCUUGCUGAUUUUCCUGAUUUGGAGCCUUCUAAAAUGAAUAGAUCAUCUCCUUAUUUGGUGGUUAGAAGAGUUCUUUCCACUCAGUUUGUUGCUGCUGAACAAGGACAACGUCAUAAUUUGUUUCAGUCCCGAUGCAAAGUGAAAGGUCAAGUGUGUCGUUUCAUCAUAGAUGGUGGGAGCUGCAAUAAUAUUGUUAGUGCCUUGCUUGUUGAGAAGCUUGGCCUACCAACACGCCGCCAUCCACACCCUUACCAUAUGCAGUGGCUGAAUAAUUCAGGGACAGUGAAGGUCUCAUCCAUGGUUCGUUUGUCUUUCUCCAUUGCUGACUAUCAUGGUGAGGUUGAUUGUGAUAUUGUACCCAUGCAAGCAUGCCAUUUGCUGUUGGGUCGUCCAUGGCAGUUUGAUGUGGAUUCGGUGCACUUUGGGCGGUCUAACAAGUAUACUUUCAUCCACAACGACAAGAAGGUGGUUCUUGUUCCAUUAUCUCCAGAAGAGAUCUAUGCUUCAGAUGACUUUGAAGAUGUUUUUCCUGAUGAGGUACCAGCUGGCCUUCCUCCACUCCGUGGUAUUGAGCAUCAAAUCGAUUUGGUACCUGGAGCUUCUCUUCCCAAUCGUCCAGCCUACCGUGCUAAUCCUGAAGAAACCAAAGAAAUUCAGCGACAGGUAAAAGAGCUUUUGGACAAAGGGUAUGUUCGUGAAUCUCUAUCACCUUGUGCUGUUCCAGUACUUUUGGUCCCUAAGAAAGAUGGAUCUUGGCGCAUGUGUGUCGAUUGUCGUGCCAUUAAUGCUAUAACUGUACGAUAUCGCCAUCCCAUUCCUAGGCUUGAUGACAUGUUAGAUGAAUUGAGCGGCUCAACUAUUUUCACCAAGAUUGAUUUACGCAGUGGCUAUCACCAAAUUCGCAUGAAAAUUGGUGAUGAAUGGAAGACAACAUUUACAACCAAAUUUGGCUUGUAUGAAUGGCUUGUGAUGCCCUUUGGCUUGACAAAUGCUCCUUCAACUUUUAUGCGCUUAAUGAAUCAUGUUUUACGAGCUUUCAUUGGCAAGUUUGUAGUUGUUUAUUUUGAUGAUAUUCUGAUCUAUAGCAAAUCAUUUGAUGAACAUCUUGAUCAUAUCCAUCAAGUACUUGCUGUUUUGAGGGAAGAGAAAUUGUAUGCCAACAUUGCUAAGUGCACAUUUUGCACAGAUCGUGUUGUUUUUCUUGGUUUUGUUGUGACUGCAGAUGGCAUCCAGGUUGAUGAAGAGAAGGUUAAGGCAAUAAAGGAUUGGCCUACUCCUACAAAUGUGAGCCAGAAGGAUGUUCCAUUCAAAUGGGGAGAUGACCAAGAGCAAGCCUUUGUAGAGUUAAAAAGAAAGCUUUGUGAAGCACCACUGCUGCAGCUACCUAACUUCGGUAAGACUUUUGAGAUUGAAUGUGAUGCAAGUGGUAUUGGCAUUGGAGGUGUGCUACUUCAAGAAGGUAAACCUAUUGCCUACUUUUCUGAAAAGUUAAAUGGUCCACAUCUGAAUUAUUCUGUCUAUGAUAAAGAGCUUUAUGCCUUAGUUCGAGUUUUGGAAGUUUGGCAACAUUAUUUGUUACCUAAAGAAUUUGUCAUCCAUUCUGAUCAUGAAGCUUUGAAAUAUUUAAAAAGUCAAGGCAAACUGAAUCGUAGACAUGCUAAAUGGAUCGAGUUCAUAGAAACAUUUCCGUAUGUUGUUAAACAUAAGCGUGUUCUUUUACAGGAAGCACAUGCUGGUGGCUUAGCUGGUCAUUCCACAACAAAUUUUUGUCCAUUUGAAAUUGUUUAUGGUUUUAAGCCACAUACUCCCAUGGAUCUUUUGCCUUUACCAUUACAGGAACAAGUUAACUUGGAUGCAGCGAAGAGAUCCAACUUUAUCAAGAAGCUACAUGAUGAGACAAGAAGAAAUAUUGAGAAGAAAUCAGCACAAUAUGCAAAGCAAGCGAACAAAGGUAAGAAGAAGGUUACAUUUCAGCCCGGUGACCUCGUGUGGUUGCAUCUACGCAAGGAUCGAUUUCCCCAACAACGUAAGAGUAAGUUAUCACCUAGAGGUGAUGGUCCAUUCAAGGUUCUAAAAAAGAUAAAUGAUAAUGCAUACAAAAUUGAGCUGCCACCUGAAUAUUCCAAUGUUAGUCCAACAUUCAAUGUCAAAGACUUGCUUCCAUUUGUUGGUGAGCCUGAGUCGAGGACGACUCCUUCUCAAGAGGGGGAGGCUGAUGAGGACAUCCCUAGCAUUCAUUCAUCUUCAAAUGAAACUCCACUUGAUAUAAGUGGUCCAAUUACAAGAAGUAGAGCUAAACAAAGGCCUCACGUUCACCGUCUAGAUGACUCACGCCGGUGGCCUCGCGACCAUGGUUUUGGAAGAAAACCAGAUCCCAUCUGCGGCGACGAUGGUGGUAGCCCUGACCACGUCGACCACGAUCACCCCUGCUCUGACAACGUCGCUGUUGACGGUAGAUAA